CGAAUAGAAUAAUGGCUCUUGGACUACUUCCCUUGCCCACUAUUCAUCCCUAUCCUCAUCAACAACCUGCUUACAGAUGGCGCUUGGUUUUAUCCUACGAUGGCACUCGAUUUUCUGGUUGGCAGUAUCAGCCCWCAACGCCAACCAUACAGUGCAUUUUGGAACAAGCCUUAACUCGAGUUACAAAACUAGAGCGCAAGGAUCUCUGUGUAGUUGGUGCAAGUAGGACGGACACAGGAGUCCAUGCGCUAGGUCAGGUGGCACACUUCGUUACACCUUUCAAUUAUCAAGGACUGCAGGAUAUGCACGCAGCACUCAAUGGUCUUCUUCCUCCUGACAUUCGAGUUACAGAAAUCUGCCCUGCAAUGCCCCAAUUCCAUGCUCGUUUUUCAGUCACCGGAAAGAUCUAUCAUUACAAGAUCUAUAAUGAUYMUGUUAUGGACCCAUUCCAUCGUCUAUAUGCUUAUCAUAAUCGUUCCAAGCUCAAUACUUGUGUCAUGAUGGAAGCCACUAAGCAUUUUCUAGGGAAACAUGAUUUUUCAGCCUUUGCGAAUGCACAGCGCAAUGAUCGCACAGUCAACCCAGUGAAGAAUAUAUUCCGACUKGAUAUAAMUGAAAAGGGACCCAUUUUGCAGAUUGAAGUUGAAGGCUCUGGAUUUCUCUAUAGACAAGUCAGAAACAUGGUUGCUUUAUUGUUACAGAUUGGGAGGGAAGCAAUCCCAUCGGAGAUUGUUCCAAAAAUUUUGGCAACAUGUGAUCGCAAGGAACUUGCAAAGGUCGCUCUUGUAGCUCCGCCUCAUGGUCUUUGUCUGGUGGAAGUUAAGUAUAAUGAAGAACAUCUCCAGCUUCCUGAGGGUGGGCCUGCAACUAGUUUCGGUAGGCAUCAUAGCAUAAGCAAAUGUAAGCUGCAAUAUUACUAGUUUAGGUUAGUCAGCAACAUAAAUGGCACUGGUUCUCGUCAUCUGCUAAAUGUCAGUUGUGUAUUUAGAAGAGUUUAUUUUGAAGCACCUGGUAUUUUUAUUUGG